AUGCUCACGUUAUUUUCGGCUCCUGGAUAUAAGGGUGCUUCGAAUAAUGACAUCAAUAUGGGCGCAUCAGUUGAAAUCUCCUCCACCAUGAAUAUUUCCAUAAAACAGAUUCAAGUCACCGAGAAGUUCCGGCAAAAGCGUAUUAUGGAUGUGGAACAAAGGAAAACAACCAAGAGCAAACAGCCACCGCAACAACCUCAGAACAAUAGCAAAAGCAUCGAAUCGCUGUCCACAUCGUCACUAUUCCGAUAA